GACGGACAAAAGAAGCAGAUCCACAAUGACAACUUUACGCCUGUCUGUUUUACUUGGGCUGCUUAUUGCAGCUCACGCCAACCCAACACCGAUGGACUUCAGGGAGCCAAGCGCUGAGGAGACUCAGACCAACCCAGCUCCCAUGGACAACUAUGCACCAAACGCUGCAGACGAGGAUGCUGCCACGGAAUACCUGACACGAUUCUAUGAGUUGGGAAUGUCAAGUGCCAGGUCUGGCUUCAAGAUGAGCGAGUGGGAGCUGAAACUGAAGGAGAUGCAGCAGUUCUUUGGUCUGCGUGUGACGGGAGCGUUGGAUAGUGAAACCCUGGAGGCCAUGAAGAAGCCUCGCUGUGGGGUCCCUGACAUGGCAGCGUACACCACGUUUGGUGCUCACAAGUGGCAGAACAACGACCUGACCUACAGAAUUGAGAACUACACUCCAGAUAUGCCUAAGGCUGAGGUGGACAGUGCCAUGGAGAGAGCACUGAAGGUCUGGGCUGAUGUCACACCUCUGACGUUCAAGAGAAUCUACAGUGGGAUCGCUGAUAUCAUGAUAUCAUUUGGCACCAGAGAUCACGGCGAUGGCUACCCAUUCGAUGGCCCAGAUGGGACUUUAGCCCAUGCCUUUGCCCCAGGUCCAAGAAUUGGAGGGGACGCACAUUUCGAUGACGAUGAGACCUUCACUUUCGAUUCUCAAGCAGGGUAUAACUUGUUCCUGGUGGCCGCCCAUGAGUUUGGACACUCUCUGGGCUUGUCCCACUCCAAGGACCCCGGAGCUCUCAUGUACCCAAACUACAUCCCAAGAGACGCCAAGCGCUUUGUGCUACCACGGGACGACGUCCAGGGGAUUCAAUCCCUUUAUGGCCCGAACCCAAACCCAGGCCCUGGGCCUACUCCUCCCCCUACCCCUGAUGCCUGUGACCCAAAGCUUGAACUCGACGCUGCUACGACUCUGAGGGGCGAGAUGAUGUUCUUCAAGGGGAGCUUCUUCUGGCGUAGUUACCCACUGAGACCAAACCCAGAGCAGCACCUCAUUAAGAGUUUCUGGCCUGGUGCCCCAGAGAACAUCGAUGCUGCCUACGAGAACCCGUACACCCAACGAGUUUACCUCUUCAAAGGUCAGAAGGUCUGGGCAGUUUAUGGCUAUGACAUCGACAGGGGUUACCCCAAGAGCCUGAGCAGUGUGGGCCUGCCCGACAAGGUGAAGAGGGUGACAGCCGUACUCAGUGACCACAACAACGGAAAAACUCUGUUCUUCGUUGGUAAAUAUUACUACAGCUACGAUGAAGUGCUGAAGGCAAUGGAUAAAGGCUACCCUAAAAAGGUUGCAGACGGAUUUCCAGGAUUGAAUGGAGAAGUUACAGCGGCAGUUGAUUUCAGAGGUUUUGCCUACCUUUACAGUGGCCCAGCCAUAUACGAGUUUAGCCUUGGCUCAAGAAAACUGUUCCGUGUGCUGCCAGCAAGUUAUCUGCUGAACUGUUAGACUGUCAUGCCAAUGCAUCUUGACCCAUUGGUGUAGUCUACAUAGAACGCAGGUAUACGCAGUAUACCCACUUCAAAAUUUCCGGGAUUUCAGUAUACCCACUUGAAGGGACACUGUAUGAGAUUUUUAGUUGUUUAUCUCCAGAAUUCAUACUGCCCAUUCACUAAUGUUACCUUUUUCAUGAAUACUUACCACCAGCAUCAAAUUCUAAGUAUUCAUUAUGACUGGAAAAAUUGCACUUUUCAUACAUGAAAAGGGGGAUAUUCUCCAUGGUCCGCCAUUUUGAAUAUCCAAAAAUAGCCAUUUUUAGCUGCAGAAAUGAGUCUACAUGGACCAUGCUAGAAAAUAUUUGUUUAUUACUUAGUAAACUUUCAUGUAAAGAUCAAAUUUGGCAAUAGGCAGCCCAGUUUCAAUGAGCAGCAUAGUAGUUGCAGUACCCUUUUUGACCAUUUCCUGCACAGUGUCCCUUUAAAAUUGAUUGAUCCAUUAUUUAGAACAGCACAAACAUAUAGGCCUACAGUAUACCCACUUCAAAAAUGCUCAAAUAUACAGUAUACCCACUACAAAAAAGUAGACUACACCACUGUCUUGACCCAUUGGCUGUCAGUCACUGGGAAAGAGUUCCGUCCUCUUGCCUUCAUUUGAUGUUUUUCAUCUUUGCUGUGAUGACAUAACUGGAAUUUACAAUAAUUUAUAAUAUAUUAAAUGGACUAUGUAUACAUAAAUUAUUUCAACAGUUUUUUUCUUUUAUAAUUAAUUUUAUAGCAUAUAUAAGACACAGAGGUUUUGCACUAUUUUUUUUACUCUUUGUAAAGUCUUGAAUGUAAUUUACAUGUCUGCAUCCAUGAAGGACAAUGCCUAUCAAUAAAUAUAUCAGCUAUAAAGGCGGUGUGCUAUUCUUCACUUUAUCCACAACAAGCACAAUGGAUUUACCAUUACUUUAUUGUUACAUUUGUUGUAAUGUAAUGUACUGUAUUGUGCUGUUUUUGGGGCGCCGCAGGA